ACGAUGCCUUUCCUGCACGGCUUCCGCAGGAUCAUCUUCGAGUAUCAGCCCCUGGUAGACGAGAUCUUGGGGUUGCUGGCGAUACAGGAUGCGGAAAGGCAGAGCGCCCUUGAGAGCCCUGCCUGUCUGGGGAGCGACAGGAGCCAGCUCUCAGCUGUGAGACGAGUCUUGGAAAGGGAGACCCACUCCCCGUUUUAUCAGGAAGGCGUGAGCUAUGCCCUGCUGAAGGUCACUGAGCUGGGGCUCGUCCCUGCCGCAGAAAUCCUCCUGGAGUUCGGAGCUGAUCUCAGCUUUGAAGAUCCAGUCACCUACUACACCCCCCUGCACAUCGCAGUGCUCCGCAACCAGCCGGAUAUGGUGGAGCUCCUGGUGCGCCACGGGGCUGACAUCAACCGCAGAGACCGGAUCCAUGAGAGCAGUCCCCUCGAUCUGGCCAGCGAGGAGCCCGAGCGGUUGCCGUGUCUCCAGCGGCUGCUUCAGCUGGGGGCCGAUGUCAACGCAGCUGACAAAAACGGAAAGACAGCGCUGUUGCACGCCCUGGCCAGCAGUGAUGGUGUCCAGAUCCACAACACCGAGAGCAUCCGUCUCUUGUUGGAAGGAGGUGCAGACGUCAGAGCCACCACCAAAGAUGGUGACACUGUCUUCACCUAUGUCAUCUUCCUGCUGGGAGAGAUGGUGUGCAGCAACACUGAGGAGGCACAGGUGAUCAAUCGCUUCUGCUUUCGUGUCACGCAACUGCUGCUGGCCCAUGGCGCCAACCCCAGCGAGUGCCCACCCCCCGAGUCCCUCACCCACCUCUGCUUCAAAAGCUUCAAACGCCAUUUCCCACUGCUGCGUUUUUUGCUGGAGUCGGGUGCUGCCUACAACUGCUCCCUCCACGGUCCCUCCUGCUGGUCAGGCUUCCACAUCGUCUUUGAGUGCCUCUGCUCACACCUCAGUGUCUCUGAAGAUGACAGCUUCUCUACAGACCUCAUCCAGAAGGGUCAGACUCUGCUGGAGCUCAUGAUGGCCAGUUCACAAGCCAUCCAGCUGCCCAGCAACUUUGAGAUCAACACCAGCAGCUGUAGGUACCACGGGGAGAAGAUCAGGACUCUCUUCUGCUCUCUGAAGCAGCUGGAGCGCUCCCCACAGGCACUGAAACAUCUCUGCAGGGUGUUUAUCCGGCAGCGCCUUAAACCAUGGCCAGUAGAUGUCAAAAUCAAGGCUCUACCUCUUCCAGACAGGCUGAAGUGGUACCUCCUCAUUGACCACGCUGCUGCUGGGCACGAGGACCUCUGA